UUACAGGCGUGAGCCACUGCGCCCAGCCAACAUUUCUUAGCUUAAUGUUUGCAUACUCCAGCUUUAUCUCUUGGCAGCCCAAAGUAGAUUCCUGGGUUCAACCAGAAGUUCCUUGAAAAUUGUCAGACUUCAUAGAAGUGUGGAGUUGGGAGUCAUGGAUCUAGUACUGUACUUCCACUUACUGGCAAACCCCUUGGGACAGAGUAUUAAGUUUGAUAGACUUGGGUUCAAAUCCUGGCUCUGCCACUUACUAUCUGUGGGAGCUUGUUACCUCUCUGAGCCUCAGUUUCUUCUAGAUCUAGAAGGAGAAUAGUAUUUAUUUUGAAGGGUUGUUGUCACAACUAACUUAUAAGUGUAUAAAAUGCCUAAUCUAGGUUUAGUACUUCAUGGGUGUUUAAUAGGUGGGAAUUAUAACCUGGAAACACUGGAGUGGGUGGGAUGAUGAUCUGGGCAAUGUAUUAUUAUUUGUUUACUAUUACCAGAUCCAGAUAUAUGCAGGGGAAAGCCAGCUUAGAAUUCAAAAAGCCGCUUUACAUAGCUACUUUUGCUAAAUGGAUGUCAAAUAAAUAUGUAAUGAUACUUGCAGUGUGACUUAAUAAAGGCCUUCAGGGGUUUUCCCAGCUUUCACUGUUAGGACUUUUUCUGAUAAUAGUCCCACACUUUCCUACUCUGAUGUGUCCUCACUCAGGAGCACUGUCUGGCUCUCCCCACAGGGAGCUGGGGACAGUUUCCUACCUGAAGCGUUGAGGUGAAUUCUGUGCUCACUUUUCCUUUCUCUCUCCUUGUCUGCCUCUCUCACCCUGAGGUCUUAUCUCGUCCUCUGGGAGGUAUGUUAAGUGCUCUGCCAGGCUGUCUGUGCCUGGCCUGUUUUUUCUCACUGCCAGUACCUCUUGGAUUCCAAUUCCAAACAUGGUAUCCAUCUGGGGUCACCCUUUCUUCCGGUGCCAAGAGAGAACACAUUCCAAAUGGAACACAAGUGUGCCUCCCAUGCUGGCUCUCCUCAUUCUGCUUGGGAAAAACAGAGAGCAGGAUGUGGCCGCGUCAUCCCACACUGCUGGGCUUUUCGGUCCUGUAGUGCUACUUUCCCUUGGGACUAUUUAGGUUUUUCUGCUAAGAACCAAAUUUGAAGACUGCCCCAAGAAACAUGGAACCAAGGAAGUUUGCCAGAGCUCUGCAGGGAGAGCCAGAGCCUUGCUGAGGCAGGGGUGGGGGGGCGGGGAGGGGGAGAGGUUGGGGGAGGAGAGAGAGAGAGAGAGAGAGAGAUUUUUAAAUUCUCCAUGAAGUAUACUAUGUUCCAUCACUCCUUCCCAAAGCCACUGGAAGCAUUCCUUCUAAGAAAGGUGGAGUUGGUGGCGAGAAGCUGGAGGUGAGAAGAACCCUGAACGGACGGAUUCAUUCAUUUUCUGAAUUUCCUAUGUGAGGACGUAUUAGAGCCCAGUGAGGCUUUGAGAGGCCCCAAAGAUGAGCGCCAACAGCAGCAGAGCGGGCCAGCUUCUCUUGCAGGCUUCAGCGUGCAUUAGCUGGAAGCAGGAUGUGGAAGGGGCUGUCUACCAUUUAGCCAACUGCCUCUUACUCCUGGGCUUCAUGGGGGGCAGUGGGGUGUAUGGAUGCUUCUAUUUUUUUGGCUUCCUGAGUGCAGGUUACCUGUGCUGUGUGCUGUGGGGCUGGUUCAGUGCCUGUGGCCUGGACAUUGUUCUUUGGAGCUUCCUGCUAGCUGUGGUCUGCCUGCUCCAGCUGGCACACCUGGUAUACCGCCUGCGUGAGGACACCCUCGCUGAGGAGUUUGACCUCCUCUACAAGACGCUGUGCCUGCCCCUGCAGGUGCCCCUACAGACAUACAAGGAGAUUGUUCACUGCUGCGAGAAGCAGGUCUUAACUCUGGCCACUGAACAGACCUAUGCCGUGGAGGGUGAGACACCCAUCAACCGCCUGUCCCUGCUGCUCUCUGGCCGGGUUCGUGUGAGCCAGGAUGGGCAGUUUCUGCACUACAUCUUUCCAUACCAGUUCAUGGACUCUCCUGAGUGGGAAUCACUACAGCCUUCUGAGGAGGGGGUGUUCCAGGUCACUCUGACUGCUGAGACCUCAUGUAGCUACAUUUCCUGGCCCCGGAAAAGUCUCCAUCUUCUUCUGACCAAAGAGCGAUACAUCUCCUGCCUCUUCUCGGCUCUGCUGGGUUAUGAUAUCUCAGAGAAGCUCUACACUCUCAAUGACAAGCUCUUUGCUAAGUUUGGGCUGCGCUUUGACAUCCGCCUUCCCAGCCUCUACCAUGUCCUGGGUCCCACUGCUGCAGAUGCAGGACCGGAGUCCGAGAAGGGUGAUGAGGAAGCCUGUGAACCAGCUGCGUCCCCUCCUCAGGCCACGCCAACCUCUCUCCAGCAAACACCUCCUUGUUCUCCCCCUCCAGCUGCCACCAACUUUCCUGCACCUCCUUCCCGGGCCAGGUUGUCCAGGCCAGACAGCGGCAUCCUGGGUGAGGACUCCACCAGUCUGGUGCUGGAGGAUUUUGAGGAGGUGUCAGGAUCAGAAUCAUUUAUGGAUUAUAGGAGUGAUGGGGAGUACAUGAGGUGAAGGGAGAACUAACAUGGGCACAGCCACCGGCUCAGGAUCCUAUCUUCUAGAAUUCCUCUCCAGAGUUACUCUCCAGUUAUAUCCAGGGGACAGGCCCCUUUGGCUCCAACCCACACGCCUGAACUUUAAGGAUCAUUGGACUGUCUUCUCUGUGGCCGGCACAGCUCCCUUCUGUGUUCACAGAAUGGCCACUGAUAGGCACGCCUCUUUCCCCACCCACUGGAAGGCUCACAGGCAAGGUGAGAGAGGACACAGAAGGUGCCAACACUGUCGCUAUAGUAAGGACCUUGAGUGACUUUGAGAAAUUCACCCUCGCAAGCCUUCCUUCAGGAGCAGGCAUUGGAAAUGCAGAGGCGCAGAUUCCAUUCUUUACCAGCUGCAGAAUCUUGGGCAAGUUGCACGGCCUCUGUGAGCCUCAUCGGUAAACAGUGGGGGUAAGGAAACCCACCUCACAGGGUUGUUGUGAGGAUCCGAUGAGUUGAUUUAGGUAAGCACCUAGCACAUGGCGUGGCACCAAGUAAGCACUCAAUAAAUCACUCAAUUCCUUUCCCUA